AUGUCUCAAUUCCAAUUGGAACAGACAUCAGUAAUUAAAACUGCACCGCCCGGAGGUCGUCAACUCGAAUUUCCGAAAAAUGAACCGUUGGACAUAACGUCUUCAAACAUUCAAGAUCUCACAAAGAUGCAAACAUUAGACGGUUAUUACCAGGCUGCAAUUCCAGUCCAAUCGUAUCAUAGAAUGUAUGAAACAUCGUAUGCAACACCUCAACUGAUAUCAUCUCAAGCAACUCCGAAUUUCUAUUAUACGAAUACAAUUCUGACGAAUAAUAUUCAACAACAACCCGAUUGGGGACGACAAAUGGAUACAUCAGCAUACUCGAACGUUGCAUAUCAAAGGAGUUCAACAAGUCAACAAUACCAACAAAUAUCUGAAAAUGAGAGAAUUGUAUUUAAAGGAGGAGAUAUGCCAUCUCCAGUGGACUCUGGAAUUGGACAAGAUAUUAGUUUACUGGCGAAUACGAAAGAAGAGUUUUUUACCAAUGCCGAUGGAAGUAAUAUGUUGGAAAGGAGUAGUGAACGAACAUUGAGUCAUCGAGAUUCACCUCUUAUUAUCCCAAAAAUACACAAUAAUCUCGGAUUUCAAUAUGUUUUGGAAGCUCCAAUUUCCACGUCAGUACGAAGAGAUGACGAUCGAAUGACAUAUGUGAAUAAGGGACAAUUCUACACAGUAUCACUGGAUUACAUUCCUGAUAUUAGUAAAUGUUUGAAGAGUCAAACUGUGAAAAGUCAACUGAUGGUUGUGUUUCGAGAAGACAAAACAUACGAAGAAGAGAUCAAAACGUGGCAGUCAUGGCAUGCCCGUCAACACGUUUCGAAGCAAAGAAUUCUGGAAGUGGACAGCAAAAAUAGUUCAGGAAUGAUCGGACAAAUUGAGGAAAUUGGAAACAAUGCAGUGCAGUUUUACUGGAAUCCGUCUGAUCAGAAUGGGGGAGUCAAGAUUUCGAUAGCUGUCCAAUGUCUUUCCACUGAUUUCUCAACUCAAAAAGGUGUCAAAGGUCUUCCACUCCACGUCCAAAUCGAUACAUAUGACGGAGAAAACGACAAGACUCCAUUCCAUCGGGGAUACUGUCAAAUUAAAGUUUUCUGUGAUAAAGGAGCUAAUCGAAAAAUGUUGCACGAAAAUCGACGAGAUGAGAAGAGAAGAGCACAAGAAUUCGCAUCUGCAGGAGUUCUAUCCGGUGGAAGAAAGAAGUCCGAUGGAGAAUAUCAUGAACAAUGUGAACGAAGUGAAUUCUAUCACAUGAGAGAACUGGAUAAACCUGCUGCUCUUUUCAUUGCUCCAGAAGAGUUUGAUAAUCGAUACGUGGAUAGUACAAGUCUAAGUUUUGAUAUGUCUGAAAUCGAACCAAUCGCCAAAAGGCCUCGACCUUCCGAGCGGAUAAUGCUGUAUGUCCGAAAACGAGAUGAACAAAUCUAUCAACCCCUCCACGUCGUUCCAUCAUCUCUUGCUGGUUUGGCAUUGGCGAUUGCCAAUAAAUUCGGAGCUGAUCCUGAGAAGAUGUCCGGUGUCUAUAAACGGUGUGCAAAAGGAAUAACAGUGAAAGUGGACGAUGAAAUGCUCCGUUUAUAUUGUAAUGAAGAUACUUUCAUCAUCGACGUGGAGCAUGCAGCUGAUGGAUCAACAGCAGCGACAUUGAUUGAAGUUGCUGCCCCAAAUCAGAAUGCGUAUUCCAACUCAUAG